AUGGCGGCAGUAGCAGCAGCCUCUUCUCAUCUAAUGUUUGUUCUUCGUUCACAACCAUUGUCACCGUCACCUUCUUCUUCUUUCUUUUCUUUCCUCAAACCUCUUUUUGUUUCCUCUCCUAUUAGUGUAUCUACACCCCUUCGACAUGUUUAUUUCCCACCGCUUCGAAAAUCGCUCGUCGCCCCUUCCUCUUCUCUCGUGGUUUCCCAAGACGGCGAGGAAACAGAGAUUGCAAAUGAUGAAUUGGAAAGUGAAAGAGGCGAUUUUGAAGAAGCCCAAUUGGGUUCAACAUCGUCACCGUUGGAGAGAAAGAGGGAAGAGAGGCUGAAGUUAGAGGUGCCGGGUCUGAGUGUGAAAGAAAGGAAAGAGCUUGCGUCUUAUGCUCACAGUUUGGGGGAUAAGCUCAAGACCCAAUUGGUGGGAAAGUCUGGUGUUACGUCCAAUGUUGCAACCUCUUUCAUUGAGACCCUUGAAGCCAAUGAACUUCUCAAGAUUAAAAUACAUAGGAGCUGUCCAGGUGAGUUAGAUGAUGUGGUGAAGCAAUUGGAAGAAGCAACUGGUUCGGUGGCUGUUGGUCAGAUUGGUCGAACUCUGAUUAUUUACAGGCCCAGUGUCUCCAAAUUGAAAGCGGAAGAAAAGAAGAAACAAGUUCGUAGCGUUAUUCUGAAAAAGCAACUAAAACCAAGACUGGUAAACAAGAGUAGGGAUCAAGUACAGAAAUUUUCGCGGCCUGGUUCAUCAUGGAAAGGAAGAAAAAAUAGGUCAUAA